ACCUCCAAAUAAACCCAAAUGUGGGAGAGUAAGGGCAUGUCAAAGUCAUGCGCCCUGCGCUCUGAAUUGUUUGACACUAUUCGGUUGAGGUUGGAGUAGUUUAGUUUGUAUCCAUGUCAUACUAAUAUACCUUUACAUAGUUAUUCAGGGCGGUAGUGUAAUUAUCUCUUCUUUUUACCGGCUUCCCAACCAGAAUAAUCAUGGCUUAUGCUCACAUUUUGAAAGUCCUGCACAGAGGUCUGAGACAAACCGCGACACAACUCUGCGAGCACCAGUGCUACGUUGUCCACACGCACAGGGCUUUAUGCACAGCACCAAUAUUUGUCCGUCUCGGGACAAAGGUUUCUUCACUGGACUGUCUCACUGCAAGUCAGAGACACCAAGUUGCGUCUGUCCAUUGUACAGCCAGAAACAGAAGCAGCCCCGAAGACAGAGGCAAGUCUGUGUCCAGGUAUCAGAGUGGGACCCCUAAACCUUCAGCUGCACAGAAAGUGAAAGAAGCUGGAAGAGAUUUCACCUACUUGAUAGUAGUUCUCAUCGGACUGGGAGUGACAGGUGGGCUGCUGUAUGUGGUGUUUCAAGAGCUGUUUUCUUCCUCAAGCCCAAACAAGGUCUACAGCAGAGCUUUUGACAUAGUCAAAUCGCACCCAGAGGUGAUCGGUGCCUUUGGCGAGCCAAUCAAAUGCUAUGGUGAGACCACUCGUCGAGGAAGGAGGCAGCAAGUCAGUCACAUGGAGUACAUAAAGGAUGGGCUAAAACACAUGAGACUUAAAUUUUACAUUGAAGGCUCCGAGGAAGGCCUGAAAGGAACGGUGCAUUCGGAGUCAAAAGAGAACGCUGAAACUGGAAAAUAUGAAUUUCGCUAUAUAUUUGUGGACAUAGACACAUAUCCCAGGAGGAGCAUUAUUGUGGAAGACAACAGAUGAGAAAGAUUUACAUGACUUCUCAGCAUUUGAAACCAGGGAAAUGGUGUCUAACUAAAAUGCAGGCGUUUGUGUCCAUGGCUGAAAAACUUCUUUAUUAUUUGCAAUAUUUGUGAUUGAUUGAAAGUAAUUUUUCUUGUAGGAGUUUAACAAAGUCAAAUGUAUUACAAAUAGAAAUUGUUUUUGGAUAAAAUUGUGGAUUGUGAUAUUAAUAAAAUGUUUUUUUAUUAUUAUUAUUAUUAAUUUGUUGCCAGUGGUUUUAGAUUAUUUUGCUCCAGCUUCAUUUUAUGUAGAGGUUUUUUUGUUUUUUGUUUUUAUAAAAAGGCCUGUUAUUUUUUUGUUAUUACAGCAAAUCCUUUUUUUAAUUGUGAAAUUGGUAGGUUAGCUGUGUAUGAUUCUGCAGUUUUGAAUAGGAUGGUGCAUCUUAAUAUAUAGACCACCAGAUGGAGACAAAAAAUAGAAACACUUAUUUUGUGUUGUGUUCCUUAUUU